AUGGCGUCUGUUGAAAACACAUUCUUCAUGGAUGCCUCGACCCAGGAGGAGUGGGUUGACUUUGAUCAAUUCCUUGAUCUCUCACCGAGUUACAGCGAUGAUUAUUCCGCUAACUCCAUCUCCCCGGAGAUGUCGCUCCCCUACGAUGCUGACAUGUUUACCAAUGAUCUGCCAGACCUUACCCAGUCUGGCUUCCCGGACAUGAACAGCUUUGAUCUGUCGCAUGAUGCUUCCUUUGUCGACCAGUCUCCCAAUAUGGGCCUGAUGCCGGACUUUACUGCGACUAUGAAUGAUCCCAUGUUCCAUGGCUACCAACCCUGUGAUACCACCUUCGACUUCCGGCAAAUGGUUGAGGCGCAGGCCGCCAUCGACACUCGUGUUGCUUCCCUCAAGGAGAAGCGCCGAGAGGCAGCGAUUGCUUUGCAUUUGCAACGGCUAUGUGAUGCCACUGCUUUGGACCUCGAAUUGUCAUCUGAUUCUAACACCAGCUUCUCGUCACCAUGCUGGUCAGACUACAUGCGCGAGAGCAUCUCACCUCGACCGACUAGCGCCAGCCCAGAACAGACCGCGGCCCCUACCCCGUCUGGAAAUGGCGGUAUGCCAAUGGAGAUGGUCCUUGAUUUGAAUAUGAAUGCCACUGCCAACCUUCCGAAGAAGCAGAAACCUCGUUCCCAGGCGCAGAAGGAGAACUACAUCAAAGCGCGGAAAUACGGUGCUUGCGAGAAGCACAAGAAGCAGCACAAGAGGUGCAACUGCCUCGAGAAGGCUGCUGCCCGUGCGGGCGUCAGUGAGGUUCCAAUGGACGUCGCAUUCAGAGAACGACCGAGAUCGCAAUUACCGACGCUCCCCACCGUCCCAUCACCGCGUGCCUCUGGUGUUUCUGAGCUCGGAUCUUUGAGAAAGGUGGAGGCUGUUCGUCUACCGGUCGAUAUGACUAAGAAGGUUAUGGUAAAAUCUCCGGUGAACGAUCCGUCAAUCAGUCCGACAGGUGUACAACCAUUUGCCAGGGCAACUACCAAGUUUGUCCGCAACAACUCCCCCCACGACCCCCAGUACAAUGCAAGCUUUGUGCUAUCACCGGUACCAGAUACCAGUCAGAAAGCGAGAAGUUCAACCAACUCAUCCGGUCAUGGAACGUUGCCCCAAUGCUCGACUACGCAAUCUUCGAGCAUGUCGACAUCGCCUCAAACGAUUCGGCAGACACUUGGCUUAUCCCAAUUUCGUGGGCGUGCUCUGGGCUCGUCUGCGAGCAACAAACCUACCGAUGCGGCUCGCAAUGUUUCCGCUCCACAAAAUGCCAAAAAAUCCACAUAUACCACAUGCAAUACCGAAGCUGGCACUCUCAGUGUCCCGGGACGAGAAGUUCGGCGCCCGAGAGCUACGAACGUUCAAGGUGCGGCUCCAAGCUGCCAGAACACUGUCAAGCAAGCCUUUUCAGGUGUCUGCAGUGCGCCAAACCAUCGCCUGGAUGUGGAUGUCUAUCACUCCAGAACUUCGCUGCUUCUGAGCACCGCCAAGGUCAGGUCUUCUGUACUGCCACAGGACAGACGUACAGACCAAUUCCAAUCUUCAUUGCCAGUCAGCAACUCUGGACGCUCAAGCACAAGCGCCCUGGCCAGCCAGCCGACCGCCAAAUGGCCAUCGACCCUUGUCCAAAGUUCGCGACGACCUGCGGAUUCACCCUCGGCUCGACCGCAGUCAGUCAGGGAUCAACCUCAAUUCUCUUCUCGUGGCAAUGGCCUGAGAACCGUCUCCCAAAACGUUGGCCAUCUGGGCCAUGUUGUUCACCAGUCCAUCAUCCAGCCCGUCAUUGCUCACCUUGGACAACCUUCAAGAAUAUUGCAGUCAGUAUUUGGCACUUGGCAGUCCGCAUCUCUGACCCUUUGGUCAGAGAGCGUGAUAUUCAAGGGCUUAUCCUCAGUCGGAAGAUACCUCAUGUCUGCUAAGAAGGGCUUUGAGCUCUCACAGAUGAGAAGCUUUGGUCUGCAUAAUAAGCUUGACUGA